AUUCGUAAGUAAGCGUGUGCGGACGUGUUGCGGCAUACAAGAAAUGGAUAACGAAACGUCGAUUCGUUUAAUUGAAUUAUAUGGAUCGUUGAAGACGUUGUGGGAUCCACAAGAAAAAGGAUACUACAAUAAAAUUAAACGAGAACACCUAUGGGACGAAAUAGCCAAAAAUUUUGAUCUAUCUAAGAAGGAAUUGAAGGCUAAAAUGAAAAGUCUUUUAAGUGCGUAUAGACGAGAAAGAAACAGAGAAAAGAAUAGUAAUGUAACUAGAUCAGGUAGAAACAAGUCAUAUAAAUCUAAAUGGUAUGCUUAUCAAUCAUUUUACUUCUUAGAUGACAAAAAUAAUCCUGUGGAGACAUUUGAUACAAUGGAUUCCAGUUCUUCCUUAGACACAGAUAGCAACAAUGCAAUUACAAAUGAAAUUGUAAAUACUAAUCGAAAUGCCAAUAGCGUCUCUGAAACCAAUACAUCUUUAAGAGGAUAUAAGAAAAAAUUAAAAAAUAAAGCAGUAAAACGUUCUUAUGACAAUUCUGUUACUGAUGUUAAAGACCAAAUACUAGAAGAUGCAAUUGAAUUAAUUCGCAAGCAGACAGACAACAGUAACGAUCCAUACAUUGCUUUUGGUAUGCAUAUCGCGGCUGAGCUUAAAAAAUACGAUGCCAGAACAUUGACAAAAGUUAAACAUUCCAUAAAUACUGUUAUAUUUGAGGCCGAUAUGGCAUGUAUAAAUGAACAAACAUCCGGCUACCAUGAUGAAAUGGAUGAUGAAAAGCGACCAGAAUACUUUACCUCUUCUCUGACGGAUGUUUCGCACUCAUCUAAUACUAAUAUAAGAUCCAAAUUGAUAUAGUUAAUUCGCUGUUUUGAUACAUAUAUUCUACGAAUUAUCUUAUUGUAUUUCGCAUGGCUUUA